AUGGGAAGGAAUUUUUGGGCUAUAAAAAAGGCACCUCUGAGCUUUUCUGCACUUCUCCUCCCCCUGAGGAUUCAGCUGCAGGCUUACGAAAGGGUUAACACCGGUGUGACGAGAUCUUCGAGAAUGCUCCUGCUUAGGUUCCUCCUGCUUUCUUUGCUGACUGCUCUGCUGCUUGGGGCCGCUCAGUGCACAAAGAUCAUCUGCAAAGACAGCUGCUGCUCCUUCGUUGAGGGAUUUCCAGUCAGAUUGAAAGCACUUCGUUCUUCAUACGCCGUGAUCCGAGACUACUAUGAAUCCAUGGAUCAGCUGGACACCUCACUAUUCAAUAGGACAGUUCUUGACCACUUCAAAACCCCUUAUGGAUGCAGUGUCAUGAACGACAUUCUGCAUUUCUACUUGGAGACAGUGUUGCCCAAUGCCAUCAGCGGGCACAUGAACAGAAAGAAUUUCAAAACGCCCAUCGACACAAUCGGAAGCUUAUUUCAAGAGCUCAAGAGGGAGCUGGUCAAAUGUAGGAGUUACUUCACAUGCCGGAAACCUUUUGAAAUCUCCAGCGUCAAGAACUCCUACCAUCAGAUGGGAGGAAAAGGCCUGUACAAAGCCAUGGGAGAGCUGGACAUGUUGUUCAACUACAUUGAAGAUUAUGUAGCAUCUCAGAAACGUAAACGCUGAAUGAAUGGGAUAAGGACACACUUGAUAAGCCAACGGGACACCUAUUUGAAUAGUGUGGAAACAAUACUGGAGCAUAAUAUUUACACUGGAUAUAUAAAUAUCUGCAUGCACAAAUAUUUAUUUGUUACUACUUUUUAAAAAAAAAUGUUUCUGCUGUGCUACCACACUAAAUUAUUUGAAAUUAUUAUUAUUAUUUUUUUUUUUGUACUUGGCUGUUUUUUGCACAGCCUUAGAAAAGUUCCCGAUGUGUUUAUCUUCCUAGAAGAAGUAAGACCAUAUUGUUUAAGUCAUAUUGACAAUAGCUUUUCUAUAAUGUUGCUUUUUGCAAUGAAGUGUAAUAACUCUUUAAAAAUGUUGACAAAUGUUUAUAUUUAUUAACAAUGUAAUUGCUACUUCUGCGCUUUUAAUUUAUUCUUUUGUAUGUUGUAUUAAAUGCUGGUACUCCAGGUUAACUGAACUAUUGUUUGUUGGUUCAUAUUUCAAAUAAUAA